AUGCAUUCCCGCAACGGACGCGUUAUCUGCCCCACACCCCAGGAGACUCCUACAAUGUCAGUCAACAAAAUGCCGAGCGGGACACCAGCCCAUCAUCGCCACGCGACUCCGAAGCCCACCGUGGCAGAGCGGCCGCAUGGGCAUAAGGAGGCGCCCCCACAGGUGAUACCUAUGACCAAUGUUAUGCCAGGGGACAGUCCCUUCGUCACGUGGGACCAAUUCCAGUCCGCAAUGAGUGUGAUAAGAACUGUUGUAGGGGGGACCGUGGAAUCCGGCGCAACGACUCCCAUUCUACCAGAAGACGGCAGCACUAUAACAAUGUCGCAGAGUCAAUUGUCAACGGAGUUGGCUAAAGUACGGUGGAAUGGUAACCCGAAGGAAUACAGGGACCGGUUUGCGGCUGUAGCGGAGCGUGGUUUGGGUCUUGCCCCCGACGAACUCGCGGACUAUUACUGCACCGGACUACCGACAGACCUCCAUCUUCUAAUAACGAAUAACGGACAAGUGAAAUAUCAGUCGUGGGAACAAGCGGCGACCGCCCCAACACGGCUCUACGAGCCCAAGUAG